CUUCCAUAACCGUUUCUAGGACAAGAACCACUUCCACCUGGCCUAUAGUUUCCCUUCCACUUCAUAAAUAUAGCCGCUUUUCUCGUAAAACUGUCUUUGCAAAGUAGAAAAUCCAAAAUUCCAUGACCCGGCGAAGUUGUCAAAGCAAAAUAUUUCCGACAAUCAAUUUCUAAAAUCUUUCUUUAUUAAUUACAAAAAAUAAGUAAAAAAAUUCUUAACCUUAAUUUUGACCCCUUCAAUUUCUUUUCUUUUUGUUAUAAUCCUUGAAAUCUACUUCUAGGGGUAAUAAAGUAGUUUUUCGUAAGGAAACAGUCAUCACAAAAAAGAUGAUCGAUAUUAAGAAUAUUUUUUGAAUUCAGAGAGGGUUUGAAGAACGUCUAAUUCUUUGAAAGGCGCUGGAAAGGAAUUAAAUUGAAAAAGGAGAUCACGUUUGGUGACGAUGGGAACUGUGAUGGUGCUGAUUUUGGUGUCGAUGAAGAUCGUGAUGGAUAAUGUGCACGCUGGAGAUACGAAUCCUGUUUUUGAUCCUUGUUCAGACACGAGAGUUCAGAGAUGGGAUGGUUUCACAUUUGGGCUUGUGUUUUCUUCAAAGGAAUCAUUCUUCUUCAAUGACUCUCAGCUCUCUCCAUGUGAUCGUCGGCUCUCCCUUUCUGGCAAUUCAGCUCAACUGUCUGUUUUUAGGCCCAAAGUGGAUGAGAUUUCACUCCUUACAAUCACUAGCAGCAACUUCAAUCCUAGCAAAUCUGGUGGUUAUAUGGUUGCCUUUGCUGGACGCAAAUAUGCUGCAAGAUCAUUGCCUGCUUUUGUGGCAGACAAUACUCACACCGUUACAAGCUUUACUCUGGUACUUGAAUUUCAAAAGGGCACCCUUCAAAACUUGUUUUGGAAGAAAUUUGGCUGUGAUUCGUGCAAAGGAGAUUCUUUUGUUUGCCUCAAUAAAACUGAUUGUGCAGUCGCCAAUAAUAAGUGCAAUGGCAAUGGCGGAUCCAUUGACUGCAAUGUGAGCAUACAAUUGGCCUUCUCAGGCACAGAUAAGAAUCAAAAUGUGCUAAACUCGUGGUACGAAGUUAAGAACCUCCGGCAAUACUCCCUCUACGGUUUGUUUCAACAUGCCACUGAUUCUCUCACAAGUCCUUUUAAGAACCUGUUUUAGGACCACGUAACGAGUUCUUGUUUGUAUAAUGACCAUAAGAUUUCUGUUGUGCGUGCCCAGUAACUAGAAUAUAUAUGUCCUACGUCCGUUGAAUAACUUGGUGAUUACAAUAUAGAAUCCAACCUGUUUUUGCUUGUACA